AUGUUUAAUUCAAGUGCAAACUCAACAGCAUUAGCUUCAGGUAACGGGGUAAACGCUAGUACAAAUACAGGUACGAGCACAAAUACGAACACUGGUAUUAGACGUUUCAGUGGCAGUGGCGCUGGCAGUGGUAGUGGAAACAUGAACAAUAUUAUAACGUCGGGCAUAUCACCAGGUGGUGCGAGUGGUAGUAGUGGCUCAGGGCAGCAACGGAGAAGAAGGGGCUCGGGUCUAAACACUUUUCUAAAUACUUUUGGUAUAAGGCAGAGUAAUACUAGCAGUGCUAAUAAUAAUAAUGCCAGCGGCAAUAGCGGCAAUAUCAACGGUAACAAUGGUUUCAGCAACAGCAAUGUCAUCGGAUCUGACAAUGGCAGUAACACUAGAACUGCUACUGCUACUGCUAACACAUUGGCAGCUCCUACUUCAGCAGUUACGAAUACCAUGGCAACAGCAAGUCGCACAGCCUCGAACAGCAGUGGUAGAUUUGAUCCUUUAGAGAGCAGCAACGUAGCUACGGAUUUCGAUCCUCCCCAAAUAAAUGCACCGGCUUUAGCUCACACUUCAACACACAGUCAAAGUUUUCACAGGCUUCCAAUUUCAAUAUCAUUAACGGCGCAACCGGAGCCCUCAAUGCCACAGAAUUUGCAAGUACGCCAUCGCUCUUCUGUUUCAGCAUCCACAUCACCUAUUGGUCAAUUGGGAUCGAUUUCUAAUCCUGUCGUAAGUAACCAACCGAUCACUGAUAUUGAUCCUUUGAAUCCAGAUAAUCAGGGUUCCAAUUCAGAAUCACAUAAUGACAACAAUAGUAAUAGCAGUGGAGGUGGCAACAUGAAUAAUAACUUAGCAACAAAUAAUUCAAAUGGAGGUACUGAAUUAAACAAUAUAGCAUCUUUGAAAAGUUUACGUCACUAUAUUUAUGCAGCAGAUCAACCAAAUGCCGAUGAACUUCUCAAUUUAGAUCUUCCACGAAAUUCCGCGUUACCAGAGCCUGUAGAUGAAGCAGGUUUGCAACAACGUAAGGAUAAACAUGGUCUAUUCAGCAUUAGAUUAACGCCAUUUAUUGACAAUUCAUUUUCAACAAAUUCGGGUUUAGCAUUUGAUCCAAUCAUAAGAACCGCAGGGCCCGGUUCUCAAUUGGUUAUUGGUCGGUACACAGAAAGAGUCAGAGAAGCAAUCUCAAACAUUCCUGAACAGUAUCACCCAGUAGUAUUUAAAUCUAAAGUUGUAUCAAGAACACAUGGUUGCUUCAAAGUUGAUAGUGAUGGUAAUUGGUAUAUAAAAGAUGUCAGGUCCUCAAGUGGUACUUUUUUAAAUCAUAUUAGAUUAUCACCUGCAUCCACUUUAUCAAAGGAUACUUUAGUACAUGAUGGUGAUGUUCUACAACUCGGAAUGGAUUUCCGUGGUGGUACUGAAGAAAUUUAUCGAUGUGUCAAAAUCAGAGUUGAAUUGAACAGAUCGUGGAAAAGAAGAGCAAAUGCUUUCAAUAAGGAAGCUUUGCAGCGAAUAAGAAAUUUGCAACUGACAAUGGGUAUUGAGGAAGAAGAUUGUUCAAUUUGUCUCUCCAAAAUAAAGCCUUGUCAAGCAAUGUUCAUAUCACCCUGUUCACAUUGUUGGCAUUUUCAAUGUAUUAGGAGAAUUCUCAUGACAUCUUACCCACAAUUUGUUUGUCCAAAUUGUAGAGCCACCUGUGAUCUAGAAGCAAGCUUGGAAAAUAGUGACUCAGAAAGUGAAAGCGAUAGUGAUGGUGGUCAGCUUGUUGAUGAACUAGGUGUACUAUUGGAGGAUCCAAAGGAUAUCAAUAUGGAUUAA